GAGCAUUCUUCGGGCACGUGCGCGACCUGCACGCUCCUGGUCUUAUUGGAAGACGCGAACAAUGUUCAUGUCUUUGUUCUAAUUUGGUUCACCCCCGGUCCUCAGAGAAGAAGCAAGAGUAGAAAGAGUCUAAGUACUCAGGCCGUUCCCCAAAACUACAGCUGACGACAGCUGUGGCUUGCAGACUAACAAACUACAUUUUUCGUUUUGGGAUCAAGAUGAACAUGAAGACGACGAUCAACUACAGAUGAAACAGAGCUAUAAGCAUCCGUGGCUCCCUUUUCGUUCUCAUCGAAAUGCAGGCGGGGCGUGAAUGUUUAGUAUAAGUAUCCCUUCAGUAUCCCUUCAAAUGUUUUCUCUACUGGCAGCAUAAGAAAUGAAUAAAGCGCAUCAGAAGACCUUCAUCAUAUGCGUUGUAUCCUUCCCGUGGGGGGCGCAAGGUGCCCACCUGCACGUAGCGCUACCUUUUCGACGCCGACGUCGACCUGCUCUUCGUCUGCCAAUCCGUUUCUAUUCCGGCAGCGUUUCGCGGUGCCUUUUGUGAAAAACAAAAAGAAAAAUGAGGGAGGAACUGGUAAAAAAGAAAGCGCUCUGUGUGCUUAUGUUGAUGAUCGUGCUGCAGCCGAAGCCGAUCUUGUCGCAACACGAAAACUUCCGAAAGAGCGCACCGCUCCUGCUGCAGCAGCAGCAGCAGGAGAACGAUCACAGAUUGACGCUCACGAGCGUGGCCGGGAAACUCCGCGACCGCCAGCACGACCGAAGAGCCGCACCAGAUUGCAUGUUGAAUUCCUUCAUACACAGGGAAGCGCGCUCAGUGAGGGUCGCUGGCGGUUCGCCGCGGAUCGAGCAUUGCGGUUGUUGCCGGAGGCUUCGGCAACCGAAAUUGUGGACCUCGUAACGGGCUUCGCGGCGCAUGGCUAUCGCGACCCGCAGUUUCUGUUCCAGGCCUCGCAAGCACUCCGGAACUGCUUGGGUUUCAAGUCGGAGUUUUUAGAUGAAUUUGCUGAGGAUCAAGAAGAGGUGGACUCCUGCAUCAUCAGGCAACACCUGGACCUGGAGGAAAAGUUUGAUCUGGACGAUCACAAUAGCACCGAGCACUCGUCGUGUAAUGUUACGACUACCUCUUCUGUUGCUGUAGCUGUUGUUCCUGAUGGCAAAUAUAGGCCAAGACGAGCUCCUUUUCGAGAAGCCAUGCGUUGUUCGGUGACGCUGCAAGAUGUUGAAUGUGAUCGAUUUGAUGUUACGACGCAAAACGAUGGAGCCACUCCUGCACAGACGUUUUCUAGGCGCAGCUGCAUACGGAAACAUUGUGCUGGAGCAACCGAUUUCGGUGGUGGAGCAACCAGCAGGACCUCUUCGGGGCUUUCGAUUUCCGACCUGGGCAAGUUUAUAAAUUCGCUGCGUGUUCUGAAGAUGAAAAAUACACUGGCGCUUUCACUGGUGCCAGAGAAGUAUCUGCAAUCACCUCUCCAAACAUCAAAUGCUGGGCGACGAAAGUUUUGCGAUCCAACAUCUACUUCAGACGAUAUUCAUCAGGAACUCAACAUAGUACAGAUCCGAGGAAUCGACACUGAAACCAGUCCCGAAGCGCGGCUUCGAGCUGCUGUGCGAAGUUACAUGCAGUUUCUCAAGGCAGAGGCAACAUAGUACAGAGCGCAGUAGGAGAGAAAAAUGCUGUGCGAGUACGUUGACCAUCCCAAGAACCCGUCGCCCGUGGGUAAAGACUACAACAUGUUGUCGCGGAAGUAAGUCGGUCGUGAAU